AUGUCACAAAAUCUCAUUAACGCUAAUCCUACAGUUUAUAAUACAAAGUCAUUUAUCCGUAAAGAGACAGACACAGAAUAUGACGAUAAUGUAGAGGAUCCCAUUGAUGAACAAGAAAUCUUUGAUCUCAUUCGUUCCAUUUCCGAUCCUGAACAUCCCUUGACACUUGAACAACUUAAUGUCACUCAAUAUGAACAUGUGGUCGUUGAUAAUGAAAAUAACAAGAUCUUGAUUGAAUUCACACCUACCAUUCCUCAUUGUUCUAUGGCUACCUUGAUUGGGCUUUGCAUUCGAGUUCGUUUAUUGCGCAGCUUACCAGACCGAUUUAAGGUCGAUAUUCGAGUACGUAAAGGAACUCAUCAAUCAGAAGGAGCAGUGAAUAAACAAUUAAAUGACAAGGAGAGAGUCGCUGCUGCAUUGGAAAAUAAUCAUUUAUUAGAAGUUGUUAAUCAAUGCUUAUCUACUGCUAGUCUUCGUGGCAGAGACAUGAUUACUUCAAAUUAA